GGCGGAAAAGCAGCUGAUCGUGGUGGUGGAAGGGACGGCUGCCCUUGGCCCCUAUUGGCAGACCAUCCGCAACGAUUACCUCGAUAAGAUCAUCAGGUGCUAUUAUGGGAAUGAGUUAACUGGGCAGUUUGUUUGAUGAUGAUCACCCCUUCCUUGACGACCUCUUCAUCUUUCACUUUGCAAUGUCAAGGCCUAACAUGACAGAAUAUGGGCUACAUUAUUAAAUCUCAGCUAUGAUUUUGACAUGGUGUGGAAUAAAGUGUUUGGCAUGAGUAUUUUUCAAAAAAUUUACAAGCGAUCAAUGGGGACAUCGGAUGUCUACUCAGAGUGUCUGUGUUCAAAUAUAUUUGUAUGCUAAUAGCCAUAUGGAAGGGGUAUGCAUUCCUACAGCUGUAGCCCAACUGUACUACUAUGGUCAAAUUCAUGGCUCUAGUAUCAACCUGGUCUCGAAUAUCUCCUUGGCCAUCCCUAUCAUGCCUGUAUUCAUAUGGAGCUCUGGAUGUACAUAGAAUAGAUAUUGUGGUGCAACGGAGUGGUUGGACAAAAGACUUGGAUAUUUUCCUCCAGUGGCUAUCAACAAUGUGCUUUUCUGGUGGUGGUUUUAGUGAAGGUGCCAUUGCUGAAGGCCUUUCUGAAGCAUUAAUGAUGCUUCUAGUCUCUAUAAAUGCAUCAGACAAUCACCAAAGCCCCGAAGUACAAAAACAUUGUGUCCUUGUUGCUGCCAGCAAUCCCUACCCUCUCCCUACUCCUGUCUAUCGACCUCCUAUCUCAAGUUUAGAACACAAGGAGAAUACUGAAGUACAAAAAGAGAGUUUCCUUGCUGAUGCUGAGACCGUUGCAAAAUCAUUUAGCCAGUGCUUUGUCUCAUUGUCCGUGAUUUCACCUAAACAACUACCCAAAUUGAGAUCUAUAUAUGAUGCGGUAUUCAUGUCUCCUUCACAAGCCAUUUAAUUAUGCCAUACAAAUAUUUUUUAUUAAUAAUUUUAAUUUCUUUAAUGUGAAAUCACUUAAUAUUUUGACUGAAAAUUGUUGGCUUGGCC